CCUUUAAAUCGCAGAGCCGCUGCCCGAUCGAGUCGCUAUUGAGUUGACCAACUUCCUAUAGUUCAUGGAGCUUCUAACCGUUUAGUGCAUUGCCACUUGGGUUCUUCUUGGACAUACCGCUUUACGUUGACUCAGUUCUCCAUUACCCAUACCCUGGAUCAGCAUGAACAACCUGAGCGGUCGUCCCUUCCCCAAUUUCUAUCGCCCUCUUCCCCCUAAGUUCAUCCGCGUCUUCGAGCUUGAGCCCGGCGAGUACUCGGACGGCAUAGUCGGGCGGCUGGUGCCACAGGCAAUAGAUGCAGAGCCAUACGAGGCCAUCUCCUACGUCUGGGGCGACGCGCAAAAGCGGCGCAACAUCACCAUAGAAGGCUUGACGGUCUCCGUGACAGAGAACUUGCACGGAGCACUGACGGCUUUCCGACACCGACCAGCUGCUGGGAAUAACAACGAGCGAGAUGCGGGUACGGCACCGGCGAAAAGGCAACCAGUGCGGCGGCUUUGGGCCGACGCCGUGUGCAUCAACCAGGAGGACAUGCAAGAGCGUAUUUCGCAAGUCGAACUCAUGUCGCUCGUCUACGCCGGCGCGCGCCGUGUCCUUUCGUGGCUCGGCUGGGAAGAGGGCGAAGAGGCUCGCCGGGACAUGCAGGGCGCCAUUCGAUUCAUAAAGGCCUUCAUGAAAGACGCACAGGCCGGCCUGCGCGACGCCCGCGUUCUUCUCCUUCACCAUGACUUCCAGGCUGACGCCACCGAUGACCUCGCUCACUUAUCCAAGGACGACCGGCGCCGGUUCAAGGAGCAAGCACGCAAGUGGGAGUCCGUCAAGCUCUUCUUCGAGGUUGAGUACUUUCACCGCGCCUGGAUCGUACAGGAACUUGGCCUCGCCCGCGAGGCUCUCUUGAUCACGGCCCUGAAGCCCGCUGACAACGGGGUGAGAGCUGAUGAGAGGGUUGCUGUCGAGGAGGAGGGCUGGGCAUUGGAGAUCAGCAUUCUCGAAUGGCCGCUGAUGGGCCGCUUCGUUCGGUUCUUGGACUACAGCGGUGCCUCGCUGGUGACACAUCUGGGUCUGAUAUCGUGGGUCGCUCACCACAUCCUGAUGGUAUGGUCCACCAAUGAGGACGGCACGCCUGACUGUGAUUUCCUGACUGGUUUGCACUGGACGCGCAUCCUGCGCGUAACUGACCCACGGGACCGCAUAUUCAGUCUGCUUGGUCACCCGAUGGCCGUCCUCGACGGCGAGCUUGUAAUCCACCCUGACUAUACCCGUACGCGCGGUGUGAUAUACACGAGACUGGCCAUCAACUUCAUCCGGAAGACGAAAAAUCUAUACAUCGUCAGCCUUGUCGACCACGAGGACGACCCUUCCACAGAGCACUGCGAGUGGGACUGUCAGCACGAUGCCAGGAUGCCCUCCUGGGUGCCUGACUGGCAUAGUAUUAACCGGACCACGCCGGUCGACUACCCGAUAGCCGCGGCCGUGACCGAAGACGACGAUAUCAACUUCGAGGGCGGAGUUGACUGCGAGGACGGAACAUCGCUUCCACAUCUCCUCGUGCGAGGCUGGGUGGUUGAUGAGGUCUCUGCCGUGUCACGUCGCAUGGAGACGACAGACUUCCCCAUCACGCACUUGGCACGAGAGCGGACAAAGCAAAACCCAUUCUGGCUCGAUCGCGUAUGGGAGCUAGUCCGCCCUGCGAAACAGCAAGACGCACUAGCCGUACUGGAAUCACUGUCAGUAGCCCUCCCGCUCGGUACGAGGGAAAAGGACGAUCCGGUCAGCAAGGUUGGACUGAACCAAAUCCUGGAGGAACACCACCGAUCGUUUGCCGCCUACGUUCUCGAGUAUCACGAACUGCUUCGCGGCGCGUUGUCUGAGGCCGGCCGUGUUAACGAAGACGGGAACAACACAUGCAGCUUUUUGCCUGUUCGCUCCGUCUUCGACAGCCUGCCGGCCGACGCGCAGGCUGUGCUCCGGCGGCGCGGAGAAGGCGCCACCGCCGCUGGGUUCCUCGAGUGCAUGACGUGGCCGUCCAUGUGCCGUCUCGUGUACCGUACGGCAUCGGGCCUCGUUGGCAUGGGCUCGCGCGUUACGCGGCCAGGGGAUCUGGUUUGCCGCAUAAGGGGUUCAGCCGUGCUGAUGACGUUACGGAGGAUCGAUGAUUCCAGCGCCAGCGAGGUGACUGUGCCAACGACGCACACCGAAAUGACUGAAUCAAUUCGUUGCGCUCAUAUUGGGCCCACUGUGAUACCGGCUCGUAUGAAGGAGGGAGUCAUCGAUGGCGCAGAUUUUGGCGAAAAGGCUUGUAACUUCCGAAUUGUACAGGCGACAAGGCUGGUGCUGUUCUUGCUGCUUUGUCCAAGUUGAAGCCUUGAUCAUUAUGGACGUCGCCGGUUUCCUUCAUUCGUGCUUCGUUCUUGUUGGAUGUUGACAUCACAUUUGUUGUGGCGGUUCACCGGUUGAAAAAUGUAUAAAACAUAUUCGCUCAAUGUGUGGUUGCCCCUAACAGGAGCGACAUCUUUCUCGCCGUAGGUACCUAUCAAUCAGGUGUGGCUACGCAUAACCCCGCCAACAGUAAACAGAAUAUUUAAACCAAAAACGUUGA